AUGUCCUAUGAAACAUUCAGUCUUGCUAUUUCCUUCCUGUUAUACAAAGCUUACACAGUUCUGAAGAUGGCGUUUGCGCUUGUUACCGCCUGCUCAGACCUAGCUGUCGCCAUACUUUCCGCCGUCAUAAGCUUCAAGGAUACCACUUACGAAUCGACGUUGAGUGGUGUCAAGAUAUGGAACUCUUCACGCUUGCCCGACGAGUCCGAGCUAUUGUGCGGCAGUUGCCCU